AUGCCUUCAGCCAGGAGGCUGCGCCUCGUCAUGCUGGCCGUCCUGGCCAUCGUCAUAACCAUGCUCUUCUUCACAUCCAAGAUGCGGUCCACCAUGCCGCGUGACCCCCGGACGAUCGACAACUUCUUCGGUAAGACCGUGAACGGAUUAAAACAUGGUGGCCAGGGUCAAGUAGUCAUGAGCGGGAAAGGGUCGUCGACCGAGUCAAAUCCAAAGGACCACGACGGGGAUGGCACUGUCGACGCGGACGACGAACAAUUGGCAAAAGAAAUGGGCGACCGUCUACGAGCUGCCGAACAAAAAGCCAAAGAACUGGCCAACGCCAAGGCACCACUGAAGCCAGACCCUCCCAAGAACGUGGUUGGUGUCGGGAGCUCCGCGGGCGGCCAGGGCAUGAAAGACAAGCCGAAGGGCAGUGCAAAAGAGACAGUCAAUGACAACGGGAAGGGAGGCGAAAACGAUGCCGAAGACGAUGACGCCGACGACGCCAUAGAGAUAACAUUGAACGAAAUACUCAAGAAAUCACCAGUGGUUAUAUUCUCCAAGACGUAUUGUCCCUAUUCCAAACGAGCGAAGGGUGUCCUUCUCGAGAAAUACACGAUCGACCCCUCACCGUACGUCGUCGAACUCGACGAACACCCUCUAGGCAAGGAGAUACAAGCCAACCUAUUCAAGAAGACGAAUCGCAAGACAGUACCCAACAUCUUGAUCAAUGGCGAGAGCGUCGGUGGCGGAGACGAUAUCGCAGACCUUGAUGCACGGAAGACGUUGAUCGACAAGUUCAAGUCGAUGGGUGGGAAGCAAUUCUCUAUGAAAGAGAGAUUUGUCGGCAACUCGAAGGAGAUAAGGAACGGAUCCUAG